AUGAUGUCUAUCUACUACCUGCUGGCGGCAUGCCUUGUCUCGGCCAGGGAGCUUCCAGGUCUCAACCGCCGACAUCCUCUGGAUGCCAGCCUGCCCCCAAGCCAAGAUCCCUUCUACGCCAUACCAGAAAACAUCUCAACCUUCUCGCCCGGCGAAAUCAUCAAGCACAGAGAACCACCAUCGCAAAUCUCCGCUUACGGAUGGACACCCACUCACAUCCACAAAGCCUACCAGAUUCUCUACCGCACGACGGACAGCCAGCAGAAUGCCACCGCAGGCAUCUUGACAGCCUUCAUCCCUCCCGAUGCCGACUACGACAAGGUCUUGUCCUUGCAGAUGGCCGAGGAUGCAGCGACGAUUGACUGCGGCCCAUCGUACACGAUGCAGCUCUCAUCGCAGAGCAACCCCCUUUUCGCCUCCUUCCUCACCGGUCUCCAGCUGCUCUUCGCCGAGGCAGCCCUCGCCCAGAAAUGGAUCGUCGUCGUACCGGACCACGAAGGCCCGAAGGGAUCCUAUGCAGCCAGCAAAAUCACCGGCCACACCGUCCUCGACGGCCUUCGAGCGGCAAAGCAGUCCAGCCACAUCACGGGAAUCGAGUCGAAUGCCAGGAUGGGCCUUUGGGGCUAUUCGGGGGGCGCCGCUGCCACGCAGAUUGCAAUCACCAUGCAAGAUGCUUAUGCCCCUGAGCUGAAGAUUGCGGGCGUUGCCAUGGGGGGACUUUCAAGUCUGGCGGAGGCGAGCGACAUCUUUGACCUCAACAAGGGAGAGAGUGCGACUCUGAUACCGUCUGCGAUGCUCGGCCUGGCGAGCCAGCAUCCGGGACUUCAGAGGGCUAUUGACCAGGCGCUGAAGCCGGAGUUUCGCGACUUGUUUUACAGCCCUUUGCAUCAGUGUCUGCAAGCAAGCAAUCUCCUGCUCGCGAACCAGGAUGUUCUGGGCAUGUUUCGCAAUGGCUCGAUACCGGGAUUAAAAGCAGAGCUCGUCAGAGCGUGGAAGGAAGAAAACGACUUUCCGCUGUCAAAGAUCAAAGCGCCUUUAUACAUGUAUCAGAGCGUCGUCGACCACCUCUCGGACAUCAACAGGAUCGAUGCCGAGGUGCGCGACUACUGCCAUCAGGGCGUCAGCGUCCACUACGAGAGAGCCAACUCGCCGAAUCUGGACCACGUCAAGUACGGAAUCGUGGGCGUGUACAAGGCGAUUUCCUGGAUGCAGGAUCGGCUCGAUGGGAAAGAGGCGGCUCGUGGGUGUGUAACUCAUACGGAUACCACGUCGACGCUUGACCCGAAUCUUGCAGCUCUAUUUCCGAAGAAUAUCUCGGAUGCUUUACUUGCGAUGGUUAAUGACAGUAGGUAG